CUGUGCCAGUGCGAUAAGAACACAUUCAACCGGCUCUUCUGAAACCAACCAUUUGUACUUUGGUUAAAUAAUUAUUUUAAUUAAAUUUUGGUUGGGAAUCAUAUCUCAUUUGCAGUGGUGCUCAUAUCAUUACAAAGCAUAUUUUCUUAAUUUUCUAAUAAGUCAAGUCAAGUAAAAUCAACAACAAAAAAUUUCCAUCAUGAUUAAGAAUGCAGUAUCACUUGUAACUGGGGGAGCUUCUGGAUUGGGUCGUGCCACCGCCGAACGAUUGGCCAAAAAUGGAGCCAAAGUAGUUUUAGCCGAUUUAUCAACCUCAAAGGGUAACGAUGUUGCCAAGGAAUUGGGUGAGAACGUUGUCUUCGUUCCAGUCGAUGUAAGUUCUGAGAAAGACAUUGAAAAUGCUCUCCAAGUGGCCAAAGAUAAGUUUGGACGUCUUGACUUGGCUGUCAACUGUGCUGGAACAGCUGUUGCCUUUAGGACAUACAACUUUAAUAAGAGUCUUCCACAUAAAUUGGAAGAUUUUGCCAGAGUGUUGACCAUCAACACUGUUGGCACUUUCAAUGUUAUUCGUUUGUCUGCUGGUUUAAUGGGCACCAAUGAACCCAAUCAAGAUGGACAGCGUGGUGUUAUUAUUAACACUGCUUCUGUCGCAGCUUAUGAUGGUCAAAUUGGUCAGGCUGCUUACUCGGCCUCUAAAGCAGCCGUUGUUGGUAUGACUUUGCCAAUUGCUCGUGACUUAAGCACUCAGGGUAUUCGUGUGUGCACCAUUGCUCCCGGUUUAUUCAACACUCCAAUGUUGGCUUCUUUGCCUGAGAAGGUUCGUACUUUCUUGGCUAAGAGCAUCCCAUUCCCUCAGCGUUUGGGUGAACCUUCUGAAUACGCUCAUUUGGUUCAAGCUAUCUAUGAAAAUCCACUCAUGAAUGGUGAAACUAUUCGUAUUGAUGGUGCUCUUCGCAUGCAACCUUAAGAUAAGUAAAAUUUAUGUAUUCUCAAAAACAACCAAAAGUGCAUUUAAUUUGGAGUAAAAGUUCCCGAUUUUGUUUUUUUAUUCGAAA